CUGCGAGGGGAAGCGAGCGGCUGCAGCGGCGCCCGGCUCAACUUUUGUUUGGAAGAGGUGUUCGCUGUGGAUGGUACUGUAAGAAUGAAGAGGUCGAUCUUGCACUGCAAUUUCGUAACUUAAUUGGCAAAACUGAUUGGCACUGUCUUACAGCGAAGUGCCGUGAUGCUAAUUUGAAAGACUUUGUACAGGUGUUUAUUCUAAAAGCAUAUUAUAAUGUCACCCUUACUUACCAUUGCAGCCCAUGGUAUGCAAUUGAGUUAACGCAGGAAUGUGUGUCUGUCCAGGAGCUCUCGUGACCACAGUAAACAACACUUAUAUUUUCAUCUUAAUUAUGCUUUUAAAUUGCAACUAAUGAAUCAUUACAGUAGUAUUGGUAAGUAUUUUUAUGGCUAGGUUGCAACCUUUUCAAAUGCACAAAUGACCAGGAUAAGCUGGGCCUCAGCAACGCUGGCAUUUUUAGAAGUCAGGCACGAUUGUUUAAACCUGUAGAAUGAAGCAGCCAGACUAAACAGCUUCUGGAAAUGGUUUCAGUGACCUCUCCAGCCUCACAAAAUAAAGCAGUGGUAAGACUAGUGAUAAAUUCAAAUUUGAGGAGACCUGUACAUGUGGACAAAUUAAUCUUACACAAUUUCACAUCAGUUCAAUUAUUAAAACAAGUUCUUGCUCUCUAAACCUUAUGGUACUAUUCCUGAAUCAACACUAGAAACUCCUUUUCUUUGUUCAACUAGUUCUAAAAGAAUAAAAGUCCCUCCAACAGCCUAGGAACCCAAAACGAGACAGGUUUCUGAAGUUGCUGUCCUGCAUCUUUCCUACACUCCUAUUUGCUUUCCCUUCUGCCAAGCUGCCAAACCCAAUGGGAAGAACUGUCCGUGUCUUUAACACAACUGGUAAGCUAAAGUGGAAGGAGAGUGAAUGGGAUGAAAAGUAAAUAACUUAAUUGAGACUACUUGCCUGACUCUGGUAGCCAAAUGUAUCUUUUACUGGUAUCUGGUGAACAGUGCAACAGAUUUUGAGGUUCUGAAGACCUACUUGUAUCUCUGGAGUUGACCCUAAGGAUGGAACACAUAGACAUUGCAUUGAUAUAAAGCAACAAUUUUACAAGCAGAGAAAAAUAUAGUGCUUUUUGUUCUGACCAGCUGGUGUAAUAAACUUCUUGCUGGAGUGUUCAUGGAAAGGCAGAGACAGUCAUUCAGCUGGGCAAUAGGAAAAGGGACUGUAGAGCUGCUGAGAAUGCCGUGUCAGUCGGUGUUCGAGAGGCAUGUUUGCCUGUGUAGAGUGCUAGGGAGCAUGUAACUGCUCAUCUUCAGUUAUACAAUCUGUUUCAUUUCCAGCAGAUUCAAAGAUCACAAACAUCUGUCCUGUAAAAACAAGGGAGGAAGCAAUCCUACUUGGCAACAAUGAGGUAUUUUCACUUCUGUAAGCUUCCAGGAAGAGUUAUGGGAAUCCGCCUACUGCGCUUCACUUCCGUGGUGAUCAUUGUCUUACUUCUUGUGGCAGGUGCUUUAACAGCUUUGCUUCCCAACAUCAAAGAUGACAAAAUGCCCAAUUUGAGAAGGGAACCAAAAACCCAGAGUCAGUCUGCCUUGGAUUCAUUUACUCUUAUUAUGCAGACAUAUAACAGAACUGACUUGCUUCUAAAGCUUUUAAAUCAUUACCAAGCCAUCCCCCACCUACAUAAAGUAAUUGUUGUGUGGAACAACAUUGGUGAGAAGAUACCAGAGGAAAUGUGGAAUUCCUUGGGGCCUCAUCCUGUGCCUGUUGUUUUUAAAGUUCAAACUGUAAAUCGCAUGAGGAACAGACUCCAGAAUUUCCCUGAGCUGGAAACCAAAGCUGUUUUAAUGAUGGAUGAUGAUACACUAGUCAGUGCUCAUGACCUUGCUUUUGCCUUUUCUGUUUGGCAGCAAUUUCCAGAGCAUAUAGUGGGAUUUGUUCCUAGAAAGCACAUUUCUACUCCUUCAGGUGUAUACAGUUAUGGCAGCUUCGAACUGCAGAACCCUGGCUUUGGAAAUGGAGAUCAGUAUUCCAUGGUUCUUAUUGGUGCAGCAUUUUUUCACAGUGGGUAUUUAGAAGACUUUCAAAGACAGCCAGAAGCUGUUUACGCCUUAAUAGAUGAAACUCAAAAUUGUGACGAUAUUGCUAUGAAUUUCCUGGUAGCCAGGCAUACAGGAAAGCCUUCAGGAGUGUUUGUGAAGCCUGUUGAUAUAAGAAAUUUAGAAAAAGACACUAACAGUGGCUACUCUGGAAUGUGGCACCGAGCAGAGCAUUUGUUACAGAGAUCUUACUGUGUAAAUAAACUGGUUAAUAUUUAUGAUGGCAUGCCUUUAAAAUAUUCUAAUAUCAUGAUUUCUCAGUUUGGUUUUCCUAAUUAUGCCAAUCACAAAAAUAAAAUGUAAGGCAAUGAAUUUAAGGGGUUAGGUGUUAAACAAUACUCAGUGAAUUGUACUGAGUUCAAGGAGAGAGGUUUAAUUACUGCAUCUUGGCCAUCCUUAUCUGUAGCCCCUGAAUUUUUUCCAUAUGGCUUUUAUGGGUUUUUCUUUUCCUUUCUUACUAAUUCUCCAAGGUAAGUUUUGAGAAAACUUAAAAGAAUAUAUGCUAAUACUUAUCUGUGAUAAAACCAUCAUCUUUCCUUAAAACCUAAGAAGCUAUUACAGUCAAUUAGGCUGGUUCUUCAGAAACAUGCUGGCAAAAAAAUGCACUCCUAGCCUCGAGUGCUUAUGUUUUGGGUUGUUUUUUUAAAUAUGUGUAUCGAGUCAAAUGAGGUCUAAGCAUUUUUUUCAUUGUUACAUAUUGAGAUGCUUCCUUGCCUUCACCCUCUGCUCCUCACCUCCUACCUAGUUCCCAGUGAAACUACAGAAGGGCUACAGCAAACUUGUGGCCACGCUGCUAGACUCCUGUACAAAACCCCUCGAAGUCUGUAUAUAAGCUAUUCUGUAUUCUGAGAUCUUCCUGAAGCUGCUAUGACAGCAAGCUAGAAAAAAAGAGUACCUCACCUUUAUCUCAGUCUGAAAACCAUUGUCUAGAGUUCUAGUGCUGCUGAGAUAGUGGAAAAUGAUCUCCAGCGUGGCUUUUUUUUUUCCUAUUAUUAAUUUGCCUAGAGUUGCCGAAACAGUGCAGCCAAAAGGUGAAACCCUAGGCACUGGAAAUGUAAGAAACAUGACUACAUGAAAUAGGAAACUGAGAUAAGCAGACAGAAGAAAUGGGUGGGAUAUUAGUUAUUAAGAUUCUUUUAAGUACUUGGGUUUGAUAUUUUGCACGUUCAUUUUUACAAAAAUGUGCCCAAGAAAAUCCUCACUUUAAAAAAAUUCCUUAUUGGGAUUGGAAUUUGUCUUACAGUUUCUAAUAAGAGCAGGCUGUUCUGCAUUGAUUACAGAGUGUCCAUCUUGUAGUACUGCAGGUCUACUGUUUUUUUAACUACUCUUUCAAAUUAAUACUUUUUGUUUCCUUUCUUCUGUUUUUGGUGGCUACAACCACAGAAUUAAAAUGUGCAACAAAUGGGUAAAACACCAUUAAAAAUGUACUUUAAAGGUACGGUGAUGUUUGACAGUGCUGGACUGUUACCAGUCUCCAGAUGGCUCCAAGAAACAGCUAUUAUUAAUAGCUUUUGUUGUUUUGGGACUCUCUAGUUCUGGAAAUGUCACGUUAACAUAGACAGGACAAACCUUUUCAGUUGCAACUACAGAACUUGUUUCUGAUAUGCAGGAAAGAACAAAAGGCAGUGAUUUCCCUGCAUCACAGAGGAAUCAAAUCUGGCAUCCAAGGCAGAUUUAGUAUCAUCUGCAUCGAUUCUUAGCAUCAGUUCAAAGGUUAUCUGUGGGCAAACAAUAACAGCUAAUACCUAGUAGACAAACUACAUCUGCACAGAUAGUGUAUAAUUUUAGCACUUUUGGUAAUAAGCUAGCUGAACAAAAAAGUGGUUAAAGAAUGUGACAGGUUCUUUGCAGCAGGGCUGACUCUGGGUAUCAGUCUUGGUUUCUUUGGGGGAACAGAGGAUUCCUUUGCCUUGUUCUGUCAGUGUUAAAGGAUUUGUUUUAUGUUCCAAGUACUUGUAAGAUUUAAAGGGCAAAAUCUUAACAUGGCAAUGUAAAGUCUGCUUGAUUUUGUUGUAAUAGUGAAAAGUAUAUUUUAAGUAUUGUGCUGUAGUGAUAAGUAGUAUACAAACAGGUCUAUGAUCUUUCCAGAAGUACAACUUCACUAGUGGUCCUUUACUGCAUUUCAUUUACUUACUGAUUUACGUGAUUUCUGUUCUGUGCAGCAUUGGCUCGAAUUGUGAACACUCACAGAUGUUGUUAACUUUACCUUUAAAAUGUGAAAUGAACUGUCUGCUCAGCCAAAUCUUAGUACUGUGGUUUUUUUGUUGUGGGGAAGGAGUUAUUUUAGGUUGUUGGGGUUUUUUUUAUGUUCUUCUGUGUCAGUAAAAGAGUAGAACAAGCUUUUAUUGUACUGGUAAAUAUAAUUUCCACCACUGUCAAAUAAAAUAUAUAAACCAAA